AUGCAAUACAGUUCGAGGUUCCUUGAAUUGAAUGUCCCGGAUUCGUUUUUGAAUAUCAAUAAGAUUCCUGAUGCAACUAAAUUUAUUACAGUCAUGUAUAUAUGUUUAACAACGACCCUAUUCUGCAUAAGGAGAUCCUUGUAUAACAAGUUGAUUCUUGAAGACCCCGAUGUGGAGUACAACUUGGUCACUUCGCCUAUUUUGCAAAUGGUACCUUUGCAAAUUUGGAAAUACCCUACCUCAUUAGUUUUAUCCAAUUUCAUCGACACCAAAGCUUGGAAAGUGAUAGUGAACUUAUUAAAUUUAAUCAUUGGUGGUUCCUUUAUUGAACGAAAUUGGAACUCUUCUAGAGAGAUGUUCAAAUUUAUCAUAGUUUUAGGUUCUUUAACAAAUCUAUUGAUCAUCUUAUUGACCUUGAUAUUAUCUCUUUUUUCCGAUAAAGUGAGAUUGGAUAUUCCUUUGGAUGGGAACUAUACAAUUUUGAUCGGUUUCCCUAUCAUUUAUAGACAAUUAUUACCUGAAACAACUAUAAUAAAUUUGAAGACGCCUCGAUUUUUGGCCAAAAACUUUCGGUUCAAACUACUACCUAUUUUUGUUAUGUUUACAAUGACAAUAACUCAGAUAAUAUGGUUCCAUCAUUUUGCUCAAUUAUUCUCCAUCUGGAUUACCUUUUUUGCCAGCUGGUCAUAUUUGAGAUUUUUCCAGAGGCUCACUCCAUUGAAUUGCCCAUCUUUGCCAACGACCAACUCUCGAGGUGUUCAGGAAACGCUGAUUGGCGAUGCGUCUGAUACCUUUCAAUUGAUUUAUUUCUUCCCUGAUCUGAUUAAGCCGAUUUUAAGACCCAUUUUCGAUUUCAUUUAUGAUUUAGUUGUGGUAAAAUUCAAAAUCAUCAAACCAUUUCAUGAUAUAGAUAUCGAUAUAGGAAAUUCUAUUGCAGAAAGUAGAGGUGCUAAGAAAAUUACGACUGUAGAACAAAGGAGAAGACAAUUGGCUUUAGAGGUCUUGGAAGAGCGUAUGGUGAAUCCCUGA